GUGAACGUAAGUACGAAGGAUUUUGCACUUUAAUGUCGAAUUAAGAGGUAGUUUUUCGGUGACAACGCAGAACAACGCUAAUUACGUAACGGCAACGUUUUAUAGCGUCAACAUGUCUGACGAGGAUCAAUCUCAUCUUUCUUCAUCAUACAUCCUAUUGGACUGGACAACAUGCAGUGCUUCAGAUUCAUCUGUAGUAUGUAUAGACACAAGCUUUGACCAGAAGUCCAAAUCUCCCGCCAAGUGUUUAAUUGAACAAAGGUCUCCAACAUCUUGCAUCAUCAUUCCUGAUUCAGAGGAGUCAGAGGAUGAUAUAAUUCAGAUUGUCAGUACUAGUAUUCAUGAGCAGAAGAAGGAGGGAUCAACUAGUGUUGUGACCACGGCAUCAAAUCAGGAUGCCUGUAAAUCAGACUGUGAUGCUGAGCUUAAAGAACUGAGCCUAGAAGGAGAGGUGACGCUACCCUGUACACCCUCAGAACGCAUCAGUAAGCGGAGGAGAAUCGGUAGUUAUCAACCUGAUGACUGUCCAUGUCCAUGUGAUGAGCAACUCACCAGCACUCCUCUGGCAGGUUCUGCCAUAGCACCUAAGAAGCCUAGUGAGCCUAUAGUGACACCUAUCACUGUAAGGUAUGAAAGGAUAAGGGCUGAGCUCAGUGCAACUAAGAAAGAAACAAAGAAACUCAUUACAGGACAAGAGGAGCUGCAAGAGGAGAUGCAAAGGUUUCGGGAAGAGAUGACAAACAAGAGGAAGAGAGAGGAAGAGGAAGAAAAGAAAGCAGCAUCUGUCCCUGUUAAUGUGAAGACAGACCAGUGUGAUAGCAUGCUAAGACCUGUAGUCAUCGAUGGCAGCAAUGUAGCAAUGAGCCAUGGUAACCAGAAGAUCUUCUCCUGCAAGGGUAUCGCGCUCUGCAUCCAGUUCUUCCAGCAGAGAGGUCACACCAACAUCUCUGCCCUGGUUCCCCUGCACCGGAAGACUGCCGAUGCAGCCCGGUCCUGCCCCAUCAAGGAUGCCCACAUCCUGGAUGAACUGGAGUCCAAAGGUCUCCUCUCAUACACCCCAUCCAGGACUCUGAAUGGACGAAGGCUCACACCCUAUGAUGACAGGAUGAUGCUCCAGUUAGCGUGCAGGAAUGGUGGAGUGAUUGUGAGUAACGAUAACUACCGGGAUCUCAUGGGAGAGUCUGCACAAUUCAAGUGUGUCAUCGAAAACAGGUUGAUCAUGUUUACAUUUGUUGGAGAUAACUUCAUGGUACCUGAAGACCCCCAUGGCCGCUAUGGACCAUUGCUGAGUGAAGUUCUCAGAAGGGCAGAGAAAGCCCCCCUGCGAUCAAUGGUCAACAGCGCCCUCUACAACAGAAGGGCACCACUCGAGCAGUUGAAACACCAAUGGCAGCAUAGAUUCUAUUAAAAGGAUUGGAGUUGCCUCUAUCUUGCCAUUCUGUAACGGCUCUGUUGUCAAAUCAGAGUUGUGACUUUUUACAGAAUACCCAUACAUGCAUAGAAGAGUCUAGUUGCUCAAUGGCAGCACAAACUCCGAUGACAUGGACAUUGGUGUUAUACAGGGGGUUCCAGAAGAAGUACCAAAGAAAUGUACAAACAAAAGGUUAAUUUGAAGAAACUAUGAGCUGUGUAAAAUCAAAUCUUGCUUUUCCUAUAGUACAAGUGAUACUAAUGUUUUCAUUGUUACACCAAAGUCUGGCAGAAAUGAAAUUUAAUACGCUAUUUUCAAAACCUGAUGAAGCAUGUAAUCGAAAUUACAUGUUAUAUGUGUUCACAGAAAGCAUGUUUUUUAUUGACAAAAUACUGUACGUAGUACGUGCAGUUGAUAGCUGGUUUCAUGAUCAGUUGAAUUGGGAUGUGUGUGUUUUCCAUGAAAUUAUUAUAAAAAGGAUCUUAUUAUGUAAUACUUGAUUGGUUUUUUUUUCAGUAGUAUAGCAAGAAAUUAUAUUAUCAUUUGACAGGAUGUUACAUGUGUGUUCACAGUAGGCAUGUUUUUUCUUGACACAAUACUCUAUGUAGUACGUCCAGUUUGAAAGCUGGUUUCAUGAGCAGUUGAAUUGGGAUGUGUGUGUUUUCCAUGAAAUUAUUAUAGAAAAGGAUCUUAUUAUGUAAUACUUGAUUAGUUUUUUUUCAGUAGUAUAGCAAGAAAUGAUAUUAUCAUUUGACAGGAUGUUAUAUAUUUGAUGUUAUGGUUGUUCACAAUAAACAUGUUUUUAUGUGACACAAUACUGUAUGUGGUUUGAAAGCUGGUUUCAUGAGCAGUUGAAUUGGGAUGUAUGUGUUUUCCAUGAAAUUAUUAUAAAAAGGAUCUUAUUAUGUAAUACUUGAUUGGUUUUUUUUUCAGUAGUAUAGCAAGAAAUUAUAUUAUCAUUUGACAGGAUAUUACAUGUGUGUUCAUAGAAAGCAUGUUUUUAUUGACACAGUAUUGUAUGUAAUACGUGCAUUUUGAUAGCUGGUUUCAUGAGCAGUUGAAUUGGGAUGUUUUUUUUUUUCCAUGACUAUUAUAGAAAAGGAUCUUAUUAUGUAAUACUUGAUUAGUUUUUUUUCAGUAGUAUAGCAAGAAAUGAUAUUAUCAUUUGACAGGAUGUUAUAUAUUUGAUGUUAUGGUUGUUCACAAUAAACAUGUUUUUAUGUGACACAAUACUGUAUGUGGUUUGAAAGCUGGUUUCAUGGGUAGUUGAAUUGGGAUUUAUUUAUUUUCCACAACUAUUAUUACAUUUAAUAAAAGAAGCAUUCUCUGCAUAUGUAAAA